GCUCUCAUACGCUCCAGACCCUUCAGUACGUUUCACACUCGGUGGUCUCUGGUCUUGUGAUAGUGUUCGGAUUCGUUUCCAUGAACCUUUUAAAAACAAGCCCACAUAAACAUUUGGAUGAUAUCGAUCGUGGUCCCGAUGGUCUGAAUUUUGAAUCUGCACGGCGUGUACGCACUAUGCCUUGCAAUGACCUGAACAAUUCUCAUUUCACCCAUCAGUUCUCCGAAACGUUGUCCAUAGUAAACGACUCUUCGAUCGAAACUUGUGCGCCACCAAACGGUCCUUCAAAAAACUUUGACGGUUGUUGCAAAGCUCGGCACAGGAUUUUUAAUUCUUCUUCCCUUCCUAAACAUUCCGCAUUUAAUUCAUGCACAGCUUCCGACAGCCCACGGAAAACUGUCCUCGUUCAACCUUCUGACGGAAAGAAAUUCAAAAUCAAUUCAAGAUCAAGCGUGAGAAAGCAAAAACCUCCUGUGAGUGGUAUACCGCUGAUCAUUUCUAUGAGACUCGUCGAAUGAACCAGAUUUGCUGUUUAAUUUUUCAUUCUCUAUCCCUACUUUGUAUAAUUCCAUUUCCGCCUUGGUAGAAAAGGCAUCUACUUUGGUGGAUGUAACUCAGCGAUUAGCCUAAUUAUUGUAGGUGUUUACACUGACUUGAUAGCCUGGUGGUGCUGUGCCACGUUAUUCGCUGACCACAUCUGAUUGAAGUUCGCAUAAUUGCUGUGACCAAAUUUUUUAACCUGGCCGAAGUAAAUAUCGAUAAACAAAGGACAUUUUUAUUUACUUUCGUUCAUGUCUAUCUAGGUGUACGUACUUUGAGAAGCUACUCAAGUUGGACAUGUUUUCGAUGUAAUACAGGCGAUUUCUGGGUGUCCUGUUCCUCACCUAUCGCAUAGUAACAGGUCAGAUCGGCCCUGAUAUAUCUCGACUGUUCCAUCCUACUUGGGUGCUAACUCUUAGUGGUCAUCCACUGAAGUUGAACAAACCCCGUUCGGACGGGUUGGAAGUGAUUCUCGGUUAUCACGCCGGGUUAUACUCUUGGAAUGCUCUGCCUGCUGCAGUAGUGAUGGCACCAACAGUGAACCAGUACGAGCGUCGAUUUGACGCCCUUAGUCUACAGUUUAAAACCUGCCCAUCUUAGCUUUCCGCUUUUCUGUUGUUGCUUGCUCCUCUUUAACUUUCUGUUUUUCUUUCAAAAUUAUUACAUUCAUCGCUCCAGUUCGCCUUAUUUUUAUUCUUCCACUUUUUCUUCAUUUCACACAUCCGGCACUGCGGGGACUGCUAGUGCUGGGCACUUGAGCAGUUUUCUUGAUCUAGUGUGUACCCUGCGUGUUCAUUUAGCUCCUUGCAGAUCGUUCCACAAAUUUCACUCUGGGAUCAUCGGCGCUUUACAAAGUGGAACAAUUCCAGUCCCACUUAAAUUUGAACUUGAAACCCCGUGCUUAGUGGAUGCCGCUUUGCAUGGUCCUUACAUCGAGUCGUUUAUCACACACGCUUUGUGGACCAAGGGUACUUUGCCGCUUGAUGAACUCGCGUUAAUUCAUUCUUGCAUUCUCACGACCGGUGGCCGGAAGGAAUGCGUGUCUGCUCUGCAGCCACAUGGGUCACCGUUUCGAACUUCCGCAUGUUCGGGUGAUCUCGCAGUAUCCGUAGCCUGCGCGGGAAUGGUAGUCGCGUAAUAGCGAAGCAUUGGUGCACGCAUCUGCAUAGUUUUUUCAUGAAGUUACAACUAUUUUUAUACUCAGGUCUGCACGAAACUUAAUAUGUGACAAUUCGGAUGAUUGUUGUUUUAAAGCAGGAUUUUAUUGUUGUGCUUUUUUCUAUAGAACGAAGUUCAUAGUUCACUCCCAACGUCCUCAUGAUUAAUCAUCAUCAUCUUCAUUAUAUACGUUUGCUGGAGGUGGGAAACACCUCAGUUACUGUGCCGCAAUACA